CGGUGGCUGAAUUGCAAUUGUUUCCCAAAUUGGUGGUUAGAUUGGUCCAGCAGUUGAUGAUGAUGCCACCAUGCCCAACCCUUCAAGUGACUCCAAGUCAAUAAACACCUUGUCAAGCACGAGCCACUGAGCCAGAGCAGCAGCGCAGCAAUAGCAGAGGAAGCAGACUGCAGAGCUCCGCGUUGUGGGUGGCAAUGGCUGGCGCCUGGGUAAAGUGAGCUGGCAUCGGAUGGUGGCAGAACCGCAGAAAGUCAGAAAUUCUAUGACGAUUCUCGAAUGGAUCUUCUUGAUGCCAACGCUGGUUGACAGCUGGAGCAGAAGGGAACCGGGCCAGGAGCAAGAAGCUCCCACGCCAUCACCCUCGUCGGCGACACGGCCUACGCAUUCGGCGGCGAGUUCACCCCACGCGUGCCGGUGGACAACACAAUGUACGCCUUCGACCUCAAGACCCAGACAUGGUCACCCCUCGACGCCACGGGCGACGUGCCACCGCCGCGCGUCGGCGUGACCAUGGCGGCCGUCGGCGGCACGGUGUACAUGUUCGGCGGGCGCGACCAGGAGCACAAGGAGCUCAACGAGCUCUACUCCUUCGACACGUCGACAGGCACGUGGGCCCCCCUGUCCUCCGGCGCCGACGGCCCGCCGCACCGGAGCUACCAUUCCAUGGUGGCUGACGCUGUUGGCGGCUGGGUGUACGUCUUCGGUGGGUGUGGCGAUGCCGGCCGCCUGAACGACCUGUGGGGAUACGACGUGGCCGCCGGGCGGUGGGAGCAGCUGCCGUCGCCUGGGGAGGCUUGUCGCCCCCGUGGCGGGGCCGGGCUGGCCGUUGCCGGUGGGAAACUGUGGGUGGUGUAUGGCUUCGGCGGGGAGGAGCUCGACGACGUGCACUGCUACGACACGGCCACAGGCCAGUGGUCCGCGGUCGAGACCACCGGCGACAAGCCGAGCCCCCGGAGCGUGUUCUGCGCCACCGGGAUCGGGGGGCACAUUGUCGUGUUCGGCGGCGAGGUGGACCCCAGCGACCUGGGCCACCUCGGCGCCGGCAAGUUCUCGGCCGAGGCGUUCGCCCUGGACACGGGGACCAGCGCGUGGACACGCCUGGACGACGCCACCGGGGCCGAGAACCACCCGGGGCCUCGCGGGUGGUGCGCGUUCGCGGCAGGGGAGAAGGACGGCCGGCGAGGGCUGCUGGUGUACGGCGGGAACUCGCCGACGAACGACCGGCUCGAUGACAUCUACUUCUUCGCGCCUGUUCUGGAGGCCGCGUGCUAGGCGUGGCACUGGCAUGUGUACAUGCAGUUGCUGCGAGCUCUCUUCUCUUCGUGUGUGCAUUUGCAAUGUAUAGCAGGGCAAUCUGCAGGCUUGGUGUGAUGGCUGUGCUGUUGUUUAUUUUUCUUCCUUCGCUUCUGUGCUACUAUGCUGUCUGAUAGGAGAAUAAUGAUGGUGGACGGAUGUAUUUGUGUUUGACGCUGGCUUUGCGUUUGCAUUGCAGCUGUAGUAGUGUCAUGCGUGGCUUUGGAUCAAGUUCUAGCUUGUCAUAAGAGCUAAGGAUCAAUUGGGCACGCAGCUGUUGGCAA